AUGUCCGCUAAUAACUAUAAAGUCGCAGAUAUUUCAUUAGCUGCCUUUGGUAGAAAAGAUAUCGAGUUAUCUGAAAAUGAAAUGCCAGGAUUAAUGUAUAUUAGAAAAAAAUAUGGUCCAGCACAACCUUUGAAAGGUGCUAGAAUUGCCGGAUGUUUGCACAUGACAAUUCAAACAGCAGUUUUAAUUGAAACUUUGGUUGCUUUAGGUGCUGAGGUCACCUGGUCUUCUUGUAACAUCUUUUCAACACAGGACCAUGCUGCUGCUGCUAUUGCUGCUGCUGGUGUUCCUGUAUUUGCAUGGAAGGGAGAAACCGAGGAAGAAUACCAAUGGUGUAUUGAACAACAAUUAUUUGCUUUCAAAGACGGUAAGAAAUUGAAUUUGAUUUUGGAUGACGGUGGUGAUUUGACUUCGUUGGUACAUGAAAAAUACCCAGAAAUGUUGAAGGAUUGUUUUGGUUUGUCUGAAGAAACCACAACUGGUGUUCACCAUUUGUACAAGUCUUUGAGAGACGGUAAGUUGAAAGUGCCAGCUAUCAAUGUCAACGAUUCAGUUACCAAAUCUAAAUUCGAUAACUUGUAUGGUUGUAGAGAAUCAUUGAUCGACGGUAUUAAGAGGGCCACCGAUGUGAUGAUUGCCGGUAAGGUUGCCGUUGUUGCAGGUUUUGGUGACGUUGGUAAGGGUUGUGCAAUGGCUUUGCAAGGUAUGGGUGCCAGGGUUAUUAUUACCGAAAUUGAUCCAAUCAAUGCUUUGCAAGCUGCAGUUUCCGGUUACCAAGUUGCUCCUAUGGACGAGGUUGCAUCUAUUGGUCAAAUUUUUGUUACAACUACAGGUUGUAGAGAUAUCAUUGUUGGCAAACAUUUUGAGAAAAUGCCAGAAGAUGCUAUCGUUUGUAACAUUGGUCAUUUCGACAUUGAAAUCGAUGUUGCUUGGUUGAAGAGCAAUGCUGAAUCGGUUGUGAACAUUAAACCACAAGUUGACAGAUACUUGAUGAAGAACGGUCGCCAUAUCAUUUUAUUAGCCGAUGGUAGAUUAGUCAACUUGGGUUGUGCCACAGGACACUCUUCAUUUGUUAUGUCAUGUUCGUUCUCGAAUCAAGUUUUGGCUCAAAUUGCCUUGUUCAACGCCGAUAACAAGGAAUUUAGAGAAAAAUUCCCUGAAUUUGCCAAGACCGGUCCUUUUGACGUUGGUGUUCACUUGUUACCAAAGAUUUUGGAUGAAACCGUUGCCAGAUGUCACUUGGAUCACUUGAACGCUAGAUUAACCAAAUUAACCGAUGUUCAAGCUGAAUAUUUGGGUAUUCCACAAGAAGGUCCAUUCAAGGCUGACAUUUACAGAUACUAG